GCUACGCUGGAGGCCUUAAAUAAAAGGAUUAAGGGCAUAGAGUCUGAAAAAGAUCGUGCCCGAGUAGAGUUAGAAGAAGCUCAGGCACAACUUAAGGAGCGUAGUCAUGAGGUCCGGGACCUUAAGGCCUUGCUCCCGGAACGUGACGAAAUUAUUGAACAAUUAACUGAACUUGUUAAUAAAAUGAGAAAGGAAAAAGAAAAUUUACAAGUUGAAUUGGAUAAAACAAAAUCUGAACUUAAAGUUCGAGAAGGAGAAAUAAGAGAAUUAAAUUUUUCUUUACUUGAAUGUGCUCAUGAUUUACAAGCUGCUAAAACUGACCUUUCAGCUACAAUAAGUGAAAGGGAUACUGCUCUUUAUGAUAUACAAAAUCAAUUAAAAGAACGUGAAAAACUUGUACAGACUCAUGAAAAUAAAAUACUUUCUCUUCAACAAGAACUUGAGACUGCCCGAACGGAUCUUCACUCUACGCGGGAAGAACUUGAAACCACUCAGACGAAAUGUAGUUCUGAAAUUGAUGCUGCACAAGCAAUGUGUUCAGCUGAAAUGGAAGCGACGAAAUCAAAAUGUACUGCAGAAAUAG